AUGGCAUCGGGCAUCCCGGCAACCAACAACCGAUGCGGACAUGGCCCCACUUAUACGGACGAUGUUACCCCACCUUCGGCGUUAAAAUGCGGACAAUGUCGGACCCACUUCCCUGCAGCCCCCAGCCACCUCGAAUAUCCCAAAGCCCUCGACCACGACCACGACCACCAACCAACCUCUUCCUUUUUUCUGCAUCACCGCAUCUCCGUCUCCAUCUGCGGCCACCACUCACGAGUCACCUUCAAGCCAAGACCCGGUCAGAAUGCACGAAGAGUCGCCCAGCAUGGCCGCAGCAUGCGAGUCUGCCCUUUUAAGGUCGAUUUACUCACACCCUCCGACUGA